AUGCGCGGCAUGACUAUGUCCUCCCUCACAUGCCUGGGCCUUUCACCCUCGCCCAUUGUGAGCUUCAACAUCACUCAUCCGUCCCGAACGUUGGACGCAUUGCGCGCCAGCAGGCGGUUUAAUAUCCACAUCCUUACGGAUGAUAUUGCGGGCGCGGCGAUUGCGGACUGGAUGACCAGGGGGAACAGUGAAGGACCAGAAAGGGUGUUCAAAGGACUGGAGAGUGAAUGCGGGUGUGUGGUCGCCAACCAUGAGGAUCUGGAUAUGCGUAGGGACGAUGGGGAGGCGCCUCUGCUGGACGGGGAUGGAGUGCUCUAUGUCAUGCGAUGCAGGGUAUUAGAGGAGCCUAUGGAGGGCUUUAUCCCCGUCGGGGAUCACGUUAUCGUGCUGGGAGAGGUCGAGGAGAUCGUUGAGGGGCUUGGUGUUAGGGGCGGGACAGAAGAAGGGGAAGAGGUGAACUCAUUGGAUCCUGUUGACCUGGAUAACUCCGAGGGAAGGGAUAUAGACCCAUACCAGUUUGGACUGGUGUAUGCGGACAGGAGGUAUAGACAGUUGGGGAGCUGUAUAGUGCCGGUGCAUGGUCCAGUCAGGAGUACUCACGAAGACGGGCCCGUGAGGACGACUAGUAGUAGGAUUAGUACACUUCCCGAAACGACAAACUCUUAA